AUGGCCAAUGCUUCCCCGGUCGCGUCCUUAGCGGAUGAAAAGGGCGUGGUGAAUUAUAAAGAAAAUGUGAUGGAUAUCGCUGCGGGAAGAGGCAUUCCCGCCACAGAUGAUCAUGGCCAGGCCCUUGUGGAAUUCGAUAAGGCUGCUGAGUCGAGGUUGCGUCUAAAGAUCGACCUAUAUAUCAUUCCCACGGUGGCAUUAAUGUAUCUGUUUUGUUUUAUCGAUCGGGCAAACAUAGGAAAUGCUAAGCUAGCUGGCUUCGAGGAUGACCUCGGACUCGAAGGGUUUGAUUACAACAUCGUGCUGUCGAUCUUCUUCAUCUCAUAUAUCGUCUUUGAGAUCCCGAGCAAUCUCAUGUGUAAAUGGAUGGGGCCUGGGUGGUGGCUGCCAGGCAUUGAAGUCGGCUUUGGCAUUUGCUCCGUCGCGACAGCAUUUGUCAACAAUAUUCAUGAGGCAUCCGGUGUUCGCUUUCUUUUAGGUUUGUUCGAGGCAGGAUUGAUGCCUGGAAUCGCAUAUUAUCUUUCGCGAUGGUAUCGACGGAGUGAACUUGCCUUCCGUCUGGCACUAUAUAUCGUUAUGGCUCCACUAGCCGGCGCAUUUGGUGGCCUUCUAGCUUCUGGUAUCCUGAAGCUAGAUAGUUUCGGCUCUCUCUCGAGCUGGCGAAUGAUCUUCGCGAUUGAAGGCAUUAUUACUAUCUGUAUUGGUGUUGUUUCAUUCUUCACCCUGACCGAUAGACCGGAGACGGCGCUAUGGCUCUCACAAGAAGAGAAGGACCUAGCCGUUGCCCGUGUCAAGUCUGAGCGCGUGGCGACAACCGAGCUUCUCGAUAGAUUUGACACGACUAAAAUGAUGCGUGGCAUCUUUAAUCCAACCACGAUUAUCAUGACAUUCAUCUAUAUGUUGAAUAAUAUCACCGUUCAAGGUCUCGGAAUGUUUGCACCCACGAUUAUCAAAACUAUCUAUCCCGAUGAGGGGGUGAUAUCCCAGCAACUACAUACGGUUCCCCCGUAUAUUGUCGGGGCAUUCUUUACUUUAUUGUUCCCGUUCCUUAGCUGGCGCUUCGACAACCGACUGUUCUUCUGUAUUAUAUGUCCACCGCUAAUGAUAGUUGGCUAUAUCAUGUUCCUUGCUUCCGAAGACCCCAUGGUACGAUAUGGAGCGACUUUCAUUAUCAGCAGUGGGUCGUUCUCGUUAGGGGCUUUCUGCGCGGCGCAGGUCUCUGCCAACGUCGUGUCGGAUACCGCGCGGUCGUCGGCGAUUGGCGCAAUGGUCAUGUUUGGAAAUCUCGGCGGGCUUAUCAGCACCUGGUCCUUCCUACCCUUCGACGCCCCUGACUAUCAUAUCGGGAAUGGGCUUAACUUGGCAACUUCAAGUGUGUCCCUCAUUCUAGCCGCUAGCCUGUGGGCCUAUAUGGCCUGGGACAACAAGCGGCGUGAUCGAGUGGAUAUUGCUGCUGCCUUAAGAGGACUUUCGCAGCUGCAGAUUCAGGACCUCGACUGGCGUCAUCCUGGCUUCCGUUGGCGACCUUAG